GUUAACUAUAAUAACCCUUCUGGUCUGUAAACAACAUUGCAGAGUGUCACUAAAGAACAGCUGAGUGCUGUGACCAGAACGUCAGAAGAACCAAGAGUAACCCUGCUCAGUUGUAGAUCUAAAACUGCGACCAUGCUGUGGACAAAAGAGCGUAGCUAUUCUGUCCUGGUUGUUGAUAGCAUCACUCUGAUCACCGGUCUUCCUGCCAACCUGCUGGCUCUCUACACCUUUAUCCGAAAGGUGAAACAGCGUGCUACACCUCUAGACGUGCUCUUGCUCAGCCUUAAUAUUUCUGACCUUCUCUUCCUCUUCUUCCUUCCAUUGCGCAUUAAAGAGGCAGCUGACAUGAAAUGGACCGUGAGCUUUUUCCUUUGUCCGCUUUCAGGAUUCAUCUACUUCAGCACCAUCUAUAACAGCACCUUGCUCUUAACAGCUAUCAGUGUGGAGCGCUAUCUGGGAGUGGCCUUCCCCGUCAAAUACAAACUCAAGAGAAAUCCUCGGUAUGCUGUGAUUGCGAGCAUCAUGUUCUGGGUGGUUUCCAUGAGCAAUUGCACUAUUGUGUACAUUGUGGAGUACCAUAAACACAGCAAUGACACUGCCAUGGAGCUGUCCAACAGGACAUCCUGUUACAAAGAGUUUAGCAGUGAGCAGCUGGAGAUGCUUUUACCUGUCCGUCUUGAGUUGUUUAUCGUCCUGUGCUGCAUUCCUUUUUUCAUCUGUUGCUUCUGCUACAUCAGAUUCAUCAUUAUCCUCUCUCAUUUACCUAAUAUCAAUCCUCAGAAACGCUCCAGGGCCAUUAGCCUUGCUUUAGUCACCCUUCUGGUUUUCAUCAUCUGCUUUGUACCAUUCAGUGUGUCUCAUUUGGUGGGGUUUAUUGGAUGGUACAGUCCUCCUUGGAGAGUCUACACAGUACUACCCAGCACCUUCAAUGCCUGCUUGGACCCCUUUGUCUUUUAUUUUUCUUCUGCAGCAAUACGAGGAACAUUCACCAACAUAAUACAAAAAUUCCACAACUGGCUACAGCAUUCCCUGUGUCAGAGAUUCAACUGUCUGAAGUCAGGCUGCACUUCAGCGUAUGAGGAGAGAACACAUAGUUCCAAUGAUAGUUCUCAUUAGUAUUUGUUGAGUAUUAUUAAUAUGUUAGAUAGUAGCAUUUAUAUUUGAGCAUGCAGAUAGGCAAAUGUUUUAAUAAGUGCUUAUAUUGUGAAUGUCUUUAUAGCUUUGUUUGUGAGAAACCCUGUGCUUGCUGGUGGAUCAAUUGUUGAUGGCCAGUAUAAUUCAACACUGGUUACACAGCACAGAGGUGUAUCUAGGGGGAAUUUCAAUUAUAAUCCUCUUGGAAAAGAUUAUGACAUCUUCCAAUACUAUUUAUGCAUGGUUAAUACAACAAGUGUAAUUUAUAAACCAUUGUUUUUCACAGUAAUUGCAUGAAAACCAUGUUCAUAAAAGGUAACCUUUAUGUACAUAUAUAAUUACACAAAAUGUCAGAAGAAUGACCAAAAUUGACUACCAGUUGAAAAACAUGAAUAACCAAUGAAAAUUAUUACUAGCACAACUAGCUCUGUGAUAAUACACUUAGCGAGCCAGCCAGGAGUGGAAACUAAACUGAAACGUGUGUUAAGAGGUACCAGAAACCACCAAUGAAGAAAAUCCCUCAGACAGAGCAACAGGUACUGUAUUAUAUGGGUUACUGCUAUAGAAUCAUAUUAUUUGGGGUGAGUCAAUCAAGAGUGGACAUCUAAAUAA